CUGUUGGACUGGCAAACAACAGGCAGUCUGUCGUGUAGCUUGGACCGUGUUGGGUUUGAAUGCGUGGAUUUACUGAUUGGCUCCCCACUGGGAACGUUUUUACCUGUGGCUGGACCCAGAUCUUCUGAAGGUGGUCUCCAGGAGUCGGGAGAAGGUGACUAAGUGUAGGAUCAUGUUGGACAAGCUUUUCCAGUCCUUCCCAUUCUACCUCUUGGGGGCUGCUGUUGGCCUCCUGGUCCUCCACCUUCUUUACUACAGGUUCAACUCCACAGACAGGAGGAGAGAGCCUCCAGGACCCAGACCUCUGCCCCUGCUGGGAAACCUGCUGCAGCUCGAUCUUAGGAGGCCCUACAGAACCCUCACGGAGUUUUCAAAGAAAUAUGGAUCUGUAUUUACCGUUUACUUUGGACCCAAUAAAGUGGUGGUACUGGCUGGAUACAAGACGGUCAAAGAGGCACUGGUUAACCAUGCUGAAGAAUUUGGAGACCGAGACAUUGCUCCAAUAUUCGUGGACAUGAAUCUAGACCAUGGAAUUAUAUUUGCCAAUGGAGACUCAUGGAAAGAAAUGAGACGUUUUGCUCUGUCCACCCUAAGAGACUUUGGGAUGGGAAAGAGAACAGUUGAGGACAAGAUCUUAGAAGAGUGUGAACAUCUGAUCCAAAUGUUUGAAACACACAAAGGUAAUGCCUUUGACACAGCACGUGCCCUAAAUUACGCAUCAUCCAACAUUAUCUCCUCAAUUGUGUAUGGAAGCAGAUUUGAAUAUGAUGACCCACGAUUUAUAAGUAUGGUAGAACAAGCCAGUGAGAAUAUAAGAUUUGGAGGGUCUGUGUCAGUCCAGGUUUACAACAUGUUUCCCAAACUUACUGGUUGGGUGAAAAACCGAAAGCUGUUACUAGAAAAUUUAGAGAGCACUGUCAGAGAUGUCAAACUUUUAAUUAGGCAGCUGAAAGAAACACUAAACCCCAACACAUGCAGGGGGCUGGUGGACUGUUUCCUGACACGCCAGCAGAAAGAGGAGGACUCUCCUGUCUUGGACUCACAUUACCACGAGUCAAAUCUAAUCUAUACAGUGACCAACCUGUUUGUUGCUGGCACUGAGACAACAGCAAGCACACUGAGAUGGGCUUUGCUGCUUAUGGCCAAAUACCCACAUAUACAAGAUCAGGUCCAGGAGGAGCUGAGCAGGGUGGUGGGAAGCCGCUGCGUCCGGGUGGAAGACCGCAAGAACCUGCCGUACACUGAUGCCGUGAUCCAUGAGACCCAGAGGCUGGCCAACAUUCUCCCCCUGUCUGUCUUUCACAAAACCAGCCAGGACAUCACCUUCCAGGGCCACUUCAUCAAAAAGGGGACGACAGUGAUUCCCCUCCUGACGUCUGUACUGUAUGAUGAGAGUGAAUGGGAGACUCCCCACACCUUCAACCCUUCUCACUUCCUGGAUGACCAUGGUAGAUUUGUGAAGAGAGACGCCUUCAUGCCCUUCUCUGCAGGUCGCCGGAUGUGUCUCGGAGAGAGCCUCGCCAAGAUGGAGCUGUUCCUCUUCUUCACCUGCCUCCUGCAGUGCUUCCGCUUCACUCCUCCACCUGGAGUCACGGAGGAGGAACUGGAUCUGACACCAGCUGUGGGCUUCACUAUUCCUCCUGUGCCACAUAAGCUGUGCGCUGUCCUUUGCAGCUGAUCAACAGCUGGAUCACUGCAACAUUUGUCUCCAAUGGUAACAAGGGUCAAUUAUCAACAAUGUGUUGGUCUUUUAGAUUGUAACCAAAUAUUAAAUGUGUGUGUUUUAAUAUCAAACUGCAGCUGUUUAUACUUAUUGUAAGGAUACAAGGCUUCGUGUUUAGCCUCUAAUCAAGUCAUAUUAAACUAUAUUCCAACAAUC